AUGGAAAUCAACCAAGACUUAAUCCUGGCCAUACUCGAUAACCCCAAUCAAAAUUUCACCAGCUUUUUGUUCGGUAAUUUCAGCUUUAUCGUCAUCAAUGGCUGUCUUUAUUAAACUAUAUUUUAGAGUCGGAUGCAGCUUCAACGAUUAAACUUUUAUCAGAGACAGUCUCCAGAAAGAAUGGCCAUAAAGUUGUGAUACAAUGCCUGAGUAUUUGGCAAGAUUUCCAGCAAUCAGAUCACCCUCUCUCAGUAAUCCUGGAUGAAUUACAACAUGCGAAUAAAGUGGACUCUGUUGAGGGGAUUCUUCGUCUACUUAACGGUCUUCUAGAACAUUCUCCCGAUCCCAUUGCCAAGAUCAGAGUUAGGCGUGAGCUUGAAGGUAACACAUCUCCUCUUUUGUUGCUCUUGUUACCACCAAUACUAAGAUUAGUCGUUUCAGAAUUGGAAUUUGACCGUCAUCUGAAGAAUGUCUGGUGAGAAUCUGUUUUGUAAUCAUUCCCCAAACACAUCUGUUACCUGCUCUUUAUUGUAUUUGAGGGGAGAAAGACGCUGGGAACGUUGGAUGCCGUUCCUCGUCAUGAUUUCUGACUCAUAGCCUUAGGGAUUCUGGUUUCUUUCCGUUUUUUUAUUUUUAUUUAUGGCCCAAUUUUAGUCAGAGGUUCGAUUCGAAUGUUCUGGACCAAUUAAUUAGCAACUUCUUCCUUUUAUUUUCUGGUGUUCAGAAAGAGAAUAACAUCAGUGUGAUCCCCGUGGUUAGAUGUAGACACAACGACGCUGACUCUGGAACCUUUUCCAGUGAAGACGAAGAUAUGAACAGUCAGCAUGACUCUAUCAUUAAGGUCGGUAAUAUAAAUUAUUUGAUAAAUAAACUACUUUCAGAAUCCAGAAAUUGCGGAAGACCUCAAUUCUUUACUCUUGGCAUUAGAUGAUCACGAACAACUUAAAUUGCUGAUUAAGCAGCUAAAGAGCGUUAAGAAUGUUCCUGACGUCCUAAAGAAUAUCAACGAAAAUUUAAAGAAGCCUUUAACUUCGGCAACUCCACCACCUCCCCCUCCCCCGCCCCUUCCUUCCACAUCUUCUCCAUCCAACCCUCCGCCUCUACCUGCUCCUGUUCCUGUUCCUCCACCUCCCCCACCAUCCUUAAAUGGUGUGAGAAAUGGUCCUCUCCCACCUCCGCCUCCUCUUGGCAAACCUGGUCCUGGCUUACCGCCUCCAGGGCCUCCGCCUGUUAACGGAAUUUUCAAGCCACCACAGAAACAAAAGGUGGAGAUCCCAGCCUCACUUAAGCCAAAGAUUCUGCCGGCUGAAGGGAAGAAGUUAAGGCAUUUGCAAUGGACAAAGAUCCCGGUCAACGGACUCCAGAACGAGUCUAACAUCUGGCUGAACAUGAGCGUUUUCGGAACUGACUUGAGUAAGUUUGAAUGUGGCUGGUUUUAUGGAGAAUAAAGGACGCCGUUUUAUGGGUAUUAAAACAUUUCAAAUUUCAGUCUCCAAACUCAACUUCAAAGACCUUGACCAGUAUUUCGAAGUAUCCGAGACAACCUCCGAACUCCAGCAGCCAAAAGAAGAGAAGGAAAACAAGUCAAAUACAGUAUCCCUUCUUAAUUCGAAGCGAUCGUUGAGUGUGAAUGUCUUCUUGAGAGCCUCCAAAGGUGUUGAGAAUUUAACUGAGUUCUUCAAAAAAGGAGAAUCAGAAGCUAUUGGCGUCGAACAACUCAAGAUGCUGGUACCACUUCUUCCCACUGAAGAAGAAUGCCAGACUUUAAACAAUUAUACAGGGGACAGAGAACAGCUGGGGUCAGCAGAACAGUUUCUUUUACAAAUAAUGGGAGUUCCCUUUUACAAGACGAAGUUGGAUUGUAUGAUUCUAAAAGAAGAAUUUGCUGGAUUCAUCGACAAUGUUCAGCCAGAACUCGAAUUACUGAUUAGGGCUGGGAAAGGUAAGAAAAUGAGGUAAUUUUAAGUCGACUUUUUUUAGACUUGAAAUCAUCAGCGUCUCUCAAAAAAGUACUCUACAUACUUCUUCACAUGGGCAAUUAUUUGAAUCAUGGGGCUGGAGUUGGAAACGCCGUUGCAUUUAAAUUGACGUCACUAUGGAAGAUUGAUGAACUUAAGGCCAAGAAAUCAGAUAGAACUUUGUUAAAUCUUGUGGCGCAAGUAGGUUAUAGUAGUCGCAGUGGAUUAAAAUUCUGUUCCAGGAAGCGCAGAAAUUAGAUAUUCAUUUGGAAGAAUUAAGUUUUGUUCAAGAUGCAGCUAAGUAAGUUCUGUUUUACAUAUAUUAACCGUUCAAUUUCAGAGUUUCUUUUGAAUUAUUGAAAAGUGAAGUUAAAAGUUCUAUGGAUAGAAUUCAACGUCUGGAGAAUCAGCUGACAAAUAAAAAUGAUGCAUUCUUUAACGAAUUUCGACUCUUUUUAGAGGUAAAACAAAAUAAUUUUUAAAUUUUGAUGACUAUUCUUAUUUCAGCGAUCCAAAGAAAAGGUGAAGAAGGCGAAUUCCCUCUUAGAAAACAUCGAACUUCUUCGUAAGGAGCUAGCCAUUUAUUUUUGUGAGAAUGAGAAAACGUUCAGUCUGGAGGAGUGCUUUAAAAUCUUGGCCAACUUCCUAACUAAAUAUAAGAAUGCGAUGAAUGUAAGGCAAUAUCAUCAAUAAUGACUUUUUCUUAGGAAAAUAUGCAAAGAGAAGAAAGGCAAAGCAGAAUGCAAGAAAGGGGUCUCCCUUCAGUACCAUCUACUCCAAUCACUGUGUCAGCCCCGUCGACGCCAAGAGUAACAUCGCCCUCUUCAAGUCGGAAGCCCUCGAUUAUAACAGAACAGGACCGGGGCCGGGAAUCAUUCCCAUUGACCCCUUAUAAUCAAAGAAGAAAGUCGUCGGCGAGAAGAGAAUCCGUCUUUAACAAUGUCGGCUCUGGCUGUGAUCUUGGAGUUUUCAUUGAUGGGGCGUUGAACUCUCGGAAAUCUUCAAGAGUCAGCCAAUCUCCUGUUUUCAAUGGCCUGAGGGAAAAUACUGAAGAGAAAUGUAGUGAAGAAAUUAUUUCGGAAAUCCCCCAGAAGAUUGUAAAUUUUAUGAAUAACAAGGACGUCAGAGUUAUUAAUGAGAAGCCACCUGUUCAACCAGAGAUGAAGUCAACGUCAUGCUCGUUAAUAACCCAACCAUCUGCUUCUAUUUCCGAGUCUUCAGUUAAAGGUAUUCCCAGAAAGAGCACUACCGUUCCAUCAAAGAGUCCUCCUGUGGCAAGAAAAUCAUCAUCUUCGCCCGUUACUUCUAAUGAUACUAGACAGCCAAAUGCAACAACAUCAAAGACCUUACCAGCAACAAAGAAUUUGAAUAUAAAACAAAAGGAGCCAGGCAAUAAACCACCUGCGGCACCAAAUUCGAGUACAUCAAGCAGGACAGUGCUUAGACGCGUGCCAGAUAAACUAAUGCUGAAGGAAAAUGAAGACGGAGAAGAGAUUAAGAGCGUCUCCGGACGGAGAAUGAACAUGUCCAAGAUCAGAACGAAGAGUAGUACGGCUGGUUCCCCUCAAACUGAGAGAAGACAUCUUCCCACUUGUCCAGUCAAACCCUCGGAUAUCAGAGCGAACCGAAUUGGCAAUUCUCCGUCGUCUCCUAGUUGGGCAAGACAAUCAGCAGCUACUCCUUUACAGAAAACCACUCUGGAAAGCAUACCGAGCAGAUCAACAAUAUCACCUAGAUUAUCCAAGACAAUUAGUGUGUCGAGACCAGUUCCCGCUUCGAAUACCUCUCCCAGAACUUCAACAACAACUUCCAGACAAAACUCAACGGUUGCAACAUCUAGGGUAGCUGCAGCUGCAGAAAGGCUGAGCAAUGCAAAUGUGAAACCAUUACAAUCAGCGUCUUCGGUAGCUUCAAAAGCGAGAUCAGGGAUGAAUGCAGCUGAAAGAAGAAGCGUGUUCAAGAAGACGGAUUCGGUUAGCACCGCCUCAAGACCUGCUCUCAUCAAGACCGGAUCAAUCAGUGACAAACCAAGAUGGCUUGGAUAA